AUGAAUAGGGAAGAUUCUGCUUCUUCCUACGGCUCUAAUGAGGGCGAUUACUCUGAUGCAGAGUCAACUAGGAACGCGGAUGCCGUUUCAUUACACACGGAAGACGCAUCCAUAUUUGAUUUGCUGGAUCCGUUUGCAAUGACCACGGAGUUGUCUAAAAGAACGUAUAACAAAGUCAAAAUGAACACGGAACAGCUAAAGGCAAUUGCCAUGAAGCAGAAGGACAAAGUAUUGAAGUUGACAGCUAACGACGAGGAGAUGGCAAAGCUGAAACUGCACAUGUCCCAAAGGGUUGACAAGUUGUACCAGAGAUUGUCCUCCACAUUGACUGCUUCCAAAACUGAGAAGUUUUACUAUGCCUGUGCACUCUAUUUUGUGUUUUUCUCUGGGCUGGUCAUAGGCAAAUACCCCGAAUGGUACCAUGUGCUUUACACUGGCGUUCUUGCCAUACUACUCCCCAUCAGACUGCUGACUUACUACAAGGUUGGCUACGGCUAUUAUUUGGUGGAUUUGUGUUAUUAUGUGAACAUUUUGUGUCUGGUUUACAUUUGGAUAUUCCCUGAGUCGAAAAUCUUGUUCGUAUCGUGUUUUGCGUUCACUUUUGGUACUUUGUCGUUUGCGGUGAUAACGUGGCGGAACUCGCUGGUUCUGCACUCUAUUGAAAAAACAACCUCGUCAUUUAUUCACGUUGUUCCUCCAGUCACUAUGUAUGUGAUCACACACCAGAUUAGUCCAGAGUACAAGGAGAUCAGAUUUCCUGGCUGUGCCAAGGUGGAGAAUUGGAAUUUCAAAUACGGAAUCGCAUACACCUCACUUUUUUACUUGAUAUGGCAAUCAGCUUACCAUUACUUUAUCACCAUCAAACGUGCCAAGAAGAUUAAGGCUGGACGGGUAACUUCGUUUGAACACUUGAGGAAGAGCUAUGCAAACACUACCAUCGGCAAAUUCGUGAACGGUCUGCCAGGAAUAUUGCCAGUUGUGGCUUUCACUUUCAUCCAAUUUUCUUAUCAGCUUGCGACCAUGUCUUUUUGCCCACUUCUGUUCAAGUAUAAGACUCUAGCGUCGGUGUUUCUUUCAUUCAUCUUCUUCUGGGCCUCCUACAAUGGAGCCACCUACUACGUCGAUGUGUUUGGUAAGAAGUUCGAGAAAGAGGUUAUCCGGCUACAGAAUGAGAUAUCGGAGCUACAAGCGCAAGCUCCGUCUCCUCCAGGUAGCAGUUCUGCUUUAGCCAAGGACGUAACGUCAGGCGAGGAAGCAGCAGCUCUCGAAAAGGACACGCGAAAAUCGAAGUAA